AUGGGCAAGGACAAGGUCGAGAAGAAGGACCGCGCUGAGAAGAAGGAGAAGCGUGCGGAGAAGGACGGUGUGCACAAGGUCAAGAAGGAGAAGAAAGAGAAGAAGGAUAAGACUGCUCUUGUCGAUGCAGUAGAGAAGGAGAUUGACUCUGAGGCCAUGGAGGGUCUCGAGCAGACCGGUGCUGUUGCUGUCAAGGGCGAGGGUGAGGUUGACGCCGCUGUCGACCGCCCCGUCGGCGCCCUCGUGCCGUUCGCCAACCCAUUGGUUGAGGACAAGCAGGCCAAGAAGGUCCUGAAGAGCGUCAAGAAGGUGCGCAUGGUCGAUUUUCAUCGGAUCUUCGGAUCACCCAUGUCUACUGAUCGCAUGGUUGCGCAACUUUUUUUUCUUAUCUCCAGAACAUCCAUGCUGACAUUCCCUCUUCUAGCUGCCGUCAACAAGUCUCUCAAGCGUGGUGUCAAGGAGGUCGUUAAGGCUCUCCGCAAGUCUCCCAUCCCCGCCGCCAACGCUGCCAUUGGUGUCCCCAGCGGUGUUGUCGUUCUCGCUGCCGAUAUCUCCCCCAUGGACGUUAUCUCCCACAUUCCCGUCCUGUGCGAGGACCACGGCAUUCCCUACGUCUUCGUCACCUCCCGCGCUGAGCUCGGUGCUUCCGCUGCCACUAAGCGCCCUACCAGUGUGGUCAUGGUUACCCCCAAGGCUGCCAAGGGCAAGAAGGAGGAUGAUGAGGAGUUCACCAAGGUGUUCGAGGAGCUUGCUGGCUUGACCCAGAAGGAGCUCAAGAAGCUGACAGUCUAA